AUGCGUAAGGCUGCUGUAGCUGCCGCCAGCUUCUUCGCAGAUGACGAUGAUGAUGCUGAAUCUCCUCCUAUUUCGGGUGGUGAAGAUGAAAUUACAGAAGAAGAGUGGAAUAUAACAAAGGACUUUCUUGUAUCUUUAUCUUUGGAAGAUAACAAUCAUCAAGUCAAACGAGAGCAGUAUCGCAAAUACAUUAAUUCGAUGUUGAAAAGCGGUGGUGGUGAAGGGAUCGCUGAAAUCGGUGUUUCAGUUCUGGACAUCGCAGAUCGAGGUCUGUCAAAGGAAGAUUUGGAAGUGGCGGAAAGAAAACAUCUAGAACUUUUAAAAGCGACCGACAUCACCUCUACACAUUUAUUAACGAGACAGAAAGGCAGUCUCUACACAUCACUUCAUCUUCUUCGAAAAGCAGUUGAUCAAGAUGACUUCAUAGAGAUCCGCGUAGCAGUUGUGGGUAAUGUAGAUGCAGGAAAAUCAACAUUAUUGGGUGUACUAACACACAAUAUUUUGGAUGAUGGUCGAGGGCAAGCUCGACAGAAGUUGUUUCGCCAUAAACAUGAAUUCGAGUCAGGUCGAACAUCGUCCGUCGGUAAUGACAUCCUGGGGUUCGAUGUAAAAGCUCAUGUUGUCAAUAAACCAAAUGUGCAUAGUGGACAACUUGACUGGGCUGCUAUUUGCUCUGAAUCAGCAAAAGUAGUCACAUUUAUCGAUCUAGCUGGACAUGAAAAGUAUCUAAAAACAACAAUAUUUGGAAUGACUGCUCAUGUUCCGGAUUACACAAUGCUGAUAAUUGGUGCUAAUGCUGGUAUUAUUGGGAUGACGAAGGAGCAUCUAUCGCUCACUUUAUGUCUCAGUAUACCCGUAUUUAUCGUUGUUACGAAAACUGACAUGUGUCCUCCUCAGAUCCUUUCGGAAACGAUGAAAAAUUUGGAUAAACUGGUGAAAAGUCCUGGAGUGCGGAAGAUGGCAUUGGUCGUCAAAAAUUUAGAAGAUGUUCUUCACACUGCUUAUCAUUUUAAUGCUGGAAAGGUCUGUCCAAUUUUCCAAGUAUCGAAUGUUGCUGGCACAAAUUUAGAUUUGCUUCGCCUAUUUUUCAAUCUUCUUCCUUUUCGUAAGAAAAACUCUCACGAUGAUCCGGCUGAGUUUCAGAUAGAUGAUGUAUAUUGGGUAGAUGGCGUUGGUACCGUAGUUGCGGGUACAUGUUUGUCUGGUAGGAUCUCAAUAAACGAUACGAUGUUAAUAGGCCCAGAUCUUAAUGGAGAAUUCAUUCCGAUCCCAAUUAAAUCAAUUCAUCGUAAACGAAUGUCUGUGUCUAAAAUAGAAUGCGGUCAAACUGCUUCUUUUUCCAUAAGGAAGUUGAAUAAAAAGGAUGUACGAAAAGGAAUGGUGUUACUUUCCCCCAAAAUAAACGCUGUUUCUUCUAUCCAGUUUGAUGCUGAAACAUUAAUUCUUCAUCAUCCAACGACAAUCGCGGAGAAUUAUCAAGCAAUGGUGCAUGUCGGUUCUAUUCGCCAGGCGGCAACCAUAAUUAAAAUGAAUAAGUCGACAUUGCGAACUGGAGAUCGAGAUUUGGUGACAUUUAAAUUUAUCAAGAAUCCUGAAUAUUUACGAGUUGGAAGUCGUAUGGUGUUUCGUGAAGGUCGGACAAAAGCUGUGGGGACAAUUGUUAGAGUGUAUCCAUUCAGUUCAGUUGGGUCUUCGAAGCAGUUUCGAUCAAAAAACAUGAAAUCCAAAGGUCAUUAUUAA